AGCCAACAGCCAAUAAACGAAGAAGAAGAAGAACCGACAGCAACAACGGGCACUGUGGUCAGAGAGAUAAGAGUCUACCCCCUCUGCACUGACUAGCAGUCGUGAAUGCAGAGAGACAAGAUGAGUGAGGACACCAUGGACGCACGCACGCUCUGCCUCUUUGAUGUUGACGGAACGCUUACCGCCGCGAGACAGCUUGUGACCCCUGACAUGAAGAAGUUCCUUGACAACCUAAAGACUCGGGUUCGAGUUGGAGUGGUAGGAGGGUCAGACCUCAGCAAGAUCAAGGAGCAGCUUGGAGAUGAUGUGAUCCAGAGAGUGGACUACGUGUUUGCUGAGAAUGGUCUUGUGGCCUAUAGAAAUGGACAGUUACUGUCUAUCCAGUCCAUCCAGGCCCACAUGGGAGAAGAGCUACUGCAAGAUUUUAUCAACUUCUGUCUCAAUUACAUGGCCAAGAUCAAACUGCCUAAGAAGAGGGGGACAUUUAUUGAAUUUCGUAACGGCAUGUUGAAUGUCUCGCCGAUUGGACGCAGCUGUACGCAGGAAGAGAGGAAAGAAUUCUAUGAGCUUGAUCAGACAGAGAAAAUCAGAGAGAAGUUUGUGUCCAUAUUAAAAGAGGAGUUCAAAGGAAAAGGGCUCUCGUUUUCAAUCGGUGGGCAGAUCAGCUUUGAUGUGUUUCCUGAUGGUUGGGAUAAGAGGUAUUGUCUGGGGAUCGUUGAGAAAGACAACUACUCAACCAUUCACUUCUUUGGAGACAAGACCAAACCUGGAGGAAAUGACUACGAGAUCUACGCUGACCCUCGGACCAUUGGCCAUGAAGUCUCGUGUCCAGAGGAAACUCGACAGCUUUGUCAGAAGCUUUUCUUUUCAUGAGAGAAGUGAGAAGACAGAUUUUAGGAUAUUUUUUAUGUUGGGUAGAAAUAUGUUUAGAUUAAUAGUCUGAUGUAGCUUGGAUUUGUCAUCCUGUGUACUGCUUGUUAUUAUUACCUGAUUCUGAAUCUGAUUUGAUCCAAAACCCAACUCCCACGUGACCCACUGUGCCUU